UUUAAUGCUAGUGAUCUGGCCAGAAAUUCUCACUACACCCCCAGACAUUUUUUCCUUCCUUGAAAUCUUACUGUUUGUGACCUAUUAUAUAAUGCAUGUUUACAUUGGCAGGGAGGACACAAUGUACCAGUGGUGCUAAUUCAUCUCUGUGGCUCUGUGAGUUACAUGUACACAUGUGCGGAUAGGUCUGUUGGUACAUUGCCAGUGGAAAUUUCCAUGGAUGGUUGGCUGGGUACAGUUUAUGGCAGGAUUGCAGACAAAUGGUUUUGUCACAGCCAGGGUCAGUCAAAGGCACUUUUAAUUACUGGGCCGGUAACUCUGUGGUUGCAUUGAUGACUUGGGGGUAGAAUUUGUGAGCUCAGUCUGUUGAAAGAUAUGAUGUACCGGUAGAGAAACUGAAACACAUUUCAUGUAAAGAGAGCUGCUAGUACUUAUUACAUGAUGGCAUCCUUUUGGCGGCAGACGUACUAUCUUACAUAUCGUAACUUCUUACUGAAGAUCCGAAUGAAACAGUUGCUAUCUCAGGAAAUCUUCUUACCCAUUAUUUUAGUUUCCUCCAUUUUAAUUGUCAACCUGACAAACAAGCCACGAAUCUACAAUGAAGCCCCUUACGGUGCCUUCAGCAACUACCCACUGCUUGAUGCCAACAGCAGCGUGUCAUUCAUGCCCGAUGAUUCCAAGCCCUGGGCGUUCACGCCAAACAACAGCGACACCUGGGAGGUGAUGCAGAGGAUCAAGAGUGCCCUUGGUGAAAGGGCGCCGUCGGUGUUCUUAUCGUUUCCCGACGAGGAACAGAUGGUGACGGCUUACCGUUCACAGCCCGAGCCUCAGUUCUCAAUCGGCAUCGUCUUUGGUGCGGACUUCCCCCAAAACCUGAUGGUGGCUCUGCGCAUGCCAUUCGAAGCAAUGCCUCCCACGGAUGAAAACUCUCGAUUUGCAUCCCAAGCUUCAUGUCGUGCGAUUGACGGACAACCUCCCGGCUUGGCAUCGUACAACUGUCCUGCAAACAGAUACCUGUUUUCCGGUUUUGCCGUCUUGCAAACCGUGAUGCAGAAUGCCAUUUCUUCGAUGCUGACAAACGAGACGCUUUCCUUGCCGGAUGUGUCAGUCCGCAUGUUCCCUAAGGAUCGGUAUGUGGAGGCUUCCUCCUUCCCUCGCGUGUUCUCCUCCAUCUACUACGUGCUCAUGUACACCAUCUUCGUGGCUGCCCUUCUGUCGAUCAUCGUCUCCGAGAAGGAGAAGAAGAUCAAAGAGACGAUGCUGGUGAUGGGAAUGUCCAACGGUCCCUUCUGGCUUGCGUGGUUUAUCACCUACAGUGUCAUCAUGUUAUUUGUUGCCUUGGUGAUUGCCCUCCUGAGUAAAUACGCCAUCCAGAAUGUCGCCAAUGGAAACUUCCUCAUCAUAUUCCUCAUUAUGUACCUCUAUGGAAUGUCAAUUAUCUGUAUUGCGUUCAUGCUGACGCCGUUCUUCAACAAGGCCACUGUGGCAGGUGCUAUUGGAUCAUUGCUGACCUUUUUACUGUCCCUAAUCUACCUCCCCCUGGGCCUGAUCGCUAACGUGCCUUCUGUCUACAAGUGGCUAGUGUCGUUCUUCUCGCCGGCAGCGAUGGCAUUAGCCAUUGACCAGGCAGCCACUUUAGACGAGGGAGGGGCUGGUAUCCAGUUUGACAACAUGGGCCUGGAUGGAUUCCCUCCAUAUGUCGCCAUGCUGGCCAUUGACUGCGUGAUCUACUUGUUGCUGGCAUUCUAUUUUGACAAUGUUGUGCCAGGGACGUACGGUCAGCGUAAACCACUGGGAUUCUGCUGUAUGCCGUCCUACUGGCAGAACCGUCAAGGGGAAGCCGAGGGGAUGGUUGAUCUAAACACACUAGAGGAUGUUCCUGAUGUUGAGCUGGUACCCCAGGAGAUGAAAGACAGGGCUGGCAUCAGGAUCCGCAGCUUGUCUAAGACAUUUAAAGGAGGAAAGGAAAAGCAAGAUGUUCUCGCUGUCAAAGGAGUAAGCCUGGACAUCUACGAGGGCCAGAUCACCUGCCUCCUUGGCCACAACGGGGCCGGUAAGACCACCUUGAUCAACACCCUGACCGGCCUGAUAGCGGCCGAUAGCGGCCAGGCUACCAUCUAUGGCUACAGCAUCCGGGAUCCCAUCCAGAUGCAGAAGAUCAGGUCCAUGGUCGGGGUAUGUCCCCAGGAGAACACGUUGUUUGAGAAUUUGUCGCCGCGGGAGCACCUCAAGGUGUACGCCGGACUGAAGGGGGUACCCACGGAGGAUAUCGAAGAGCAGGUGAUGAAAAUUCUGAAGCUAACGCUGUUGGAUCAGUCCGAAAACACGCAGUCCAAAGAUCUCAGUGGUGGGCAGAAACGCAAGCUGUGUGUGGGAAUUGCACUCAUCGGCGACCCUAAGAUUCUGUUUCUGGACGAGCCGAGUAGUGGCAUGGAUCCGUACUCUCGCCGGCAGCUGUGGAAUCUCCUUAAGAGCCAGCGACAGGGGAGGAUUAUGGUCCUCACUACGCACUUCAUGGAUGAGGCAGACAUCUUGGCAGAUCGUAAAGCGGUGAUGUCACAGGGCAAUCUCCGUUGCUAUGGCUCCUCACUCUUCUUGAAGAAUCGAUUCGGCAUUGGUUAUCAUCUUGGUAUGGUUGUGGAGCCGGAUGUAGAUGUUGACAGAAUUACGCAGCUGGUUACAGCACAGGUCCCCAACGGUCAGAUGUCUCGUAGCCAUGGCAUGGAGCUCGCCUACACACUCCCAUUAGAGGACACCAGCAAGUUCCCUGAUUUGUUCAGAGCAUUCGAAGAGACCAGUGGGCAGGAUGGCGCAACAGUUGCCAAGCAGCUGGGCAUCCAGUCUUACGGUGUCUCCAUGACAACACUGGAGGAAGUCUUCCUGAAACUGAACGAUGAAGAAAUGGAGGACACCGAGGAAAAUGAAAUUCAAAAUGCAACAGACACCACCCCUCUUGCUGUCAACAGCCUCAACGGCAAUUAUCAGAGCAUGGCAGUGGGCAGCAGUGAGUCCGUGUCGCUGAAUGUGGAGCACCUCAUCACUGCUCCCCUCGAGCCCAAUAAGUACCAGCUUAGGGGGUUGUGCAUACUCCUCUUCAAGCAGAUGAUACGGGAUCCCGGAACCUACUUCUCGCGCGUCUUCUUCCCGAUCAUCUACAUUGUGCUUUCCGUGGUCCUAUCCUCCACCAUUAGCUUCGGCAUUGGCCAGGUUGAUAAUCCAUCCAGUCUGACCCUUGACCCCAGCCUGUACUUGCAGACGGAUUCCCCGUCAACCCUACCGUUGCUGUCCCCUCUGCUGUACCAGAAUAACUUGACAGUGGCCGGCGAUAUCCAGCCCUUACUGAAUCAGUUAGAUCGCCUGGGCUUGAAAGUCAGCAACAUUCCGGAUAUGAGUAACCUCAGCUCAGUGGCCCCGCACAGCAUGGCCACCAUAGUCAAUAGCCUAGGACCACCGGGUGAUUUCCUGGCUCUGUACAAUGACACUGCCCAGCAUUCCCUGCCCAUCCUGUUGAGUGUCCUUGGCAAUGUCCUGGUCGCCUUGGAGACACCGACAGAGACUCUCUUGAACCUGACGUUCGCCAACCACCCGCUGCCGUCCCGUGCCAUGAGCUACUCCUUCAACUCUGGGUUCUUCCUGGUUCUCUUCUUGGCCAUGGCCAUUUGUUUUGUUCCCAUAGGUUACUGUACCAACAUUGUCAAAGAGAGACAGGAGAAAGUGCGGACCCAGCUGAGGGUUUCGGGGGUGAAAGCGAGCAACUACUGGUGUUCCCACCUCCUGAUCGACACGGUCCAGGUCUACUUCAUCACCGUGGUGGCUGCCAUCAUCAUUCUCAUCAUCAGCGCUGCCACCGGUGGGUCCUCGCUGGCCACUGGCGGCGGCAUGUUUAUGUUCUUCAUCUUCAUGAUCAUCUAUUCACCGCUGUUGGUGCUGUUCAGCUACUGCGUGGCCUUCCUCUUUGAUGACUACAAGACGUGCCAAUCAGCCUCGCAGUUAAUCUUCUUCUAUGGUGCAAUCAUUCUAGCUGUUCCUACCCUCGUUCUUGAUUUCUCGGCUUACAAUAUUCCUGCAGCGGCCAUACAUUUGGUGUUCUCCAUCCUCUUCCCUCCGUACACCAUUUUCGGAUUUCUGUACUACAUUGAUAAGGUAUACCAAGUUGCAGUUUUCUCGCAGACGUUGGAUGAGCUAAGCUUUGGAGACUACUUCAAUUUUGACACGCUCAUUGUGCCAACUUUAUUCUGCUUGCUCGUGUCUCAUGUGUGCAUAUUCUUCCUUCUGCGAUUCUUGGAGAUCCAGUCCACGGGAGGCAAUCUCAAGGACACCUUUUUCUUCAGCGAAGGGAAAGUUGGGCAUGUGAUUGCAAACAGUGACCACAUCCCUGACGAAGACAGCGACGUCAGGUCGGAGCGAGAGAAAGUGGAGGGCAUGUUCAACCAAGGUCAUCAUCCUGAGAAAUGCGCAGUGGCUGUUUGUGGCAUCCGCAAGGAGUUCCAGAAGAGAAGUGGGGGCUGCUGUAAGAAGCAGGACAGCACUGGGCCCAUCAACGUGGCUGUCCGCAACUUGACACUCAGCGUGAAUGAAGGGGAGGUAUUUGGCCUCCUGGGACCCAACGGAGCUGGUAAAACCACCUCCAUGAACGUCAUCACAGCGAAUACUGGUGCUACCAAAGGACAGGUCCAAAUUGCUGGUUAUGGCAUCACCUCAUCCCUGAGUGAAGCAUUCCACGUCAUGGGGUUCUGCCCCCAGCACGACCCGCUCUAUGAGAACAUCACCAUGCGGGAGCACAUCGAGCUGUACGGGCUGCUGAAAGGAAUUCAACCCAGUGACAUCGAGGCUAUAGCUAACCAUUACAUGGAUGGUCUCAAGAUCUCUGAACAUGCCGACAAAAGAGCUCAGAAGUUGUCAGGAGGAACCAAACGAAAGCUUUGUUUUGCUCUCAGCAUGUUGGGGAGGCCCAAAAUUGUCUUGAUGGAUGAGCCUUCCACUGGCAUGGAUCCAACCUCCAAACGAUUUGUCUGGAACACCAUCAUUUCCAGUUUCCGUGACAACCGAGGUGCCAUCUUGACGACGCAUUCCAUGGAGGAGGCAGAUGCAGUCUGCUCUCGCGUUGGUAUCAUGGUCUCUGGCCAGCUGCAGUGUCUUGGUACAACUCAGCACCUGAAGGGCAAAUACGGCGGGGGUUACGUCCUGGAGAUCAAACUGAACCCGGGUCCAGAUUACUACUCCAUGGACCACACCAGCGGUCAAGCCACCAGGCUCUUGGAGGAGAUGAUGUCGGCGCUGGACAGGAAGAUCAAAGAGGUGUUUCCCAGCGCCGAGGCGAUUGAGAGGUUUGGGGAGCGGGUGACUUACAGGGUGCCCAGUGAGGUCGCCAUCUCCCUAUCCACGGUCUUUGCUGCGUUGGAGGAAGGCAAGGAGACGCUUCAUGUUGAAGAGUACAGUUUUAGCCAGGCUACUCUAGAACAGGUGUUUAUUGAGUUUGCCAAGAUGCAGCGCGACGAUGAUGAAGAACCGGACGCUCCUUCUUCCCCUCAGCGUAUGCUGUCCAGGAUCAGCGUGAAAAGUGGUGGGCACUCCAACCCCGCAGCGACGGUGACGGAGGAAGUCUAGCCCCAUGAAGUCACCUCGACCUUUCAGGAGCAGCAAGUGUUGUUGGUUGUUGCUCGUUCAUGUACCAUUCUGAAGGUGCUGCCAUACCGUCCUGUUUUACGUUGGGGCCUCUGAAAUUGUCCACAAUUUAUUAUACUAUAUAGCUGUAGUCAAGGUGUUUGCGGUGACAGAUUUAAUCCACAACAGAAAUACAUGUACAAACCCUGCUUGAAUGUCCAGUGAAACAUUGCUGGAUUCGUCUGUAUAUAUAUUAUGAGUCUCUUCAAAGGUAGCUUUGACGUUUGUCUGUACCAUUUGGAUGUUGAAUCUGUUGUACUGUUGUAUUUGAACUCAGGUAUUAAGAAAGACCAGAAGGAGGAAACAACCAUGUCCGGGCAGGAACUUUGUUUUUAAGGGGCAAGGCAGUUUCUUCUUGGCAAAGGAGAAACUCAACUUGUUUAUUGGAACAUUUCAAUGGGCAUCUAGCCAAAGACCAGGGGCAUCAAGGUUAUGGCCUUGGUUGCCCACAUGGUAAAAGUUCCUGCCCCAAUAUGUUUGUAGCUUGUCUUAAUAAACAAGUAUGUUCAAGAUCGGCUGGGCCCGGGAAGCUGAUGAUGACCGGAGCCUCACUUUUCUGGGCUUCAAAAUCCACCAACUUUCAGUGGAGGCUUUUAACUUUUUCUCUUUAGAAUAAAUACAUUUUUGGGAAGACAGAUGAUUUUACAUCAACUUUUUUGCCUCUUUUUGUUGAUUUUAAAUUGUGUUUAAAUUUAAAAUGGUAUUAUUCAUAAUUAUUCACGUACCUUAUAUUUAGUUUCUUUAAAAUAACAUUUUAAAAUGGUGACAUCACCAAGUACUGAAUGUAGUGCAGUGUAUAAGAAGAAAUAUAUGUACAUUUAUACAUUUAUGUAAUUUCUCAGUGGCCACUUUAUGUUCUGGCUGGUAUUUUAUGAAUCACUUAAGACCUUUCUUAUGACGGGCUUUCAACCUAUAGGAUUCUGUUGUCUCAGAUAUUUAUGAAUAACUUAAAUAGUCAUAUUAUUUUAAACAGAUUAUAAUAUAAGUUUUGAGUUAUCAGGUAAAAAAAUUAUUGCUGCAUUAUUACCAGAGCUUAUUAUGAUGGGUUUUUAUCUAUCAAGAAGAAAUGUUGUAUCAGCUUUUCCACAAGCUUGGACCAAGACUGUUCAGACUAUUUUGACUUUCAUCAUCAACUAAUUGGUUUGUAUUUUCACACAUGGGUAGACUCUCACCUCCCAUUUUGUGUCGACACAGAGUGUCAUCAAUUUGGUCUUCCUUUUCAGCCAAGCGUGUGGCAUGUGAUGCUUUUCAUUACUUUCAACACCCUUCCCCAGCUUUGGAUAGAAACGAAAAACAAAGAAAAAAAAAUGAAAAUAUCAUGACCAAAAAUGCUGUAUGUAUAUAUUUUCUCAUAUAUGCAGCUCGAGUAGUUUUUGUAAAAUGGCCAAUAAAUUAAUUGUGUGGGGUGCAAAAGAAUAGGACAUAACCUGCUUGCCCUGAAGAAGGUACUCGGUUACCGAAAGCUCGGCAAUCAUAUAUUUCAGAGCUCUGAUUUAAUCUCAUAUUUUUGUCAAUAAACCUACAUAGUGUUCUGCAACUAUUCUGGAAAAGCCACAAGCAUAUUGUAAUCCAUUCUUUCAUAUUUAUUCGAUCAAUUCACAGCCAGGGGCUGAAUUGCAUGGCCAUUACAUAGCUGAAAUAAAACCAAAAAAUUAAAUUAAACACAAAAUAAUGAAAAGAAAACUGAAGUGUGCAGUAAAUCAAAAUUUAACAAAAAAUACUUAAACUAAACAUUUAAGGUAAUUGAAUUUAUAUCAAACAAUAAAAUUCACAAGCAAAAACAAUCAGCACAAACAGAAGGAAAUUAAAAACAAAGAUAAAAACGCAUGUACAAUAUAAUUAUAAUUUUUUGGUCUUGCUGGUUAAGACUUUGGUCAAGAUGUUUUCUUCAUGAGGGAGUUGCACUACCUACAUACCUUUUGGUUUUGUCAUAAGGAGUUUGGUAUUUGGUUGUCCGAGAAUCUCAUUGUGAGUACUGUGAUUCUACAUGUCCGUGUUAAUGUGUUUGAUGCGGUUGGCUGCAUGACUACUGGUGCAUAGUCAUUGUAUUCCACAGUUACAUAAUUCCAUAUAUUUCUGAAAUUACCUGCAGUGUAGUUAUUUGAGGAGCACAAAGUGAUUAAGGAUAUGAUUUAUGUCACUGAUGUUGAUGUUUUAUCCGAGGAAAGCUGCCAUGGAUAUUCAGCUCAACCUGUUUUCAUACAUUUUUCUGUGUGUUGAAACUAUAAACAAGAUCGAAACACCUGUUUUCUUUGGAAGUGAAAACGUGGUGGUAUAGUUUUAAAUUCUCAUAAAAUACUUUCAUCAACCUAUGCUUGAGGGUUUUCUUUAUGUUGUCUUGCAAGGCAAUCAGUUUCAAAAGAGCAUAAGAUUUAAAAAAAAAAAACAAUCUUCACCAUGAAUAAUAUUUGGAAUAUUGGCCAUUUCUGUUCGCCCAACAAGCUGUAUGUUUAACUUAAACCUGCGCCAAGAAAAUGUUUUAAAAAAAGUGCCGUAGAUAUACUGCACACAAAGCUUUGGAGGCACUCUUGCUGUCUUGAUGACAUCAUUUGUUUGUCAUCAAUAUAUUGACAGUACAAAAUCGAAAGUUACAAUUUCUCCUGUUUACUGUUACAAAGAAGGUGGAAAGUCAGUGUUACGGAAAUAAAGCCGUGCUUCAUGUAUUCACAACAACAGUUCUAGCACGUAGUUCCCUUUACAGCACUUUGUAGUUAAUCGAGAGUAAAGUGUUGUUUUGAACGAUUCUUGGUGUUGCAUUUAAUAUUCAAUCAAGUACUGGAGCUAUUCAAAAUGUCCAUCUUGAAAUGUUUUAUUUGUUGUCUCCGUUGUGGAAUUUUAGUGGUUUAAAUACGGUGUAUUGUAAUUGUAUUUAAAUUUAGUUUCUGAUCGUGUUUUCAAACGUUAAUGCGUAAAAUAUACUUUUUUAUGCAGCAGGACUGUGGCAAUAUCUAUUGACCAUUUGGUACAUAACAUGUAGCAAAACAGUAACACUGAAACAGCACGGACACUCUUGGAAAAGGGAAAGGUGAUAGACCUUGUUCACCUUUGCAAUACAUUAUAGGAAUGCACCACCAAAUCUCCUCCACAAAGAGAAGUACUUGUCUAUAUUGUGAGUUAAGUGACGACAAAUGCAUUGACGGAGGUUGGCAUCAGUCAUUUGAUGUGGGGAAUUUAUAUUUUUAUUUAAAGAUGGAUAUGAGAAGUUAAACACAUGGUCAUAACAAACUUUUCUAAGAGUACUACAGUUUGCCUUUGUUUAGUACAGUAUUUUUUCAUUGAAUUUAAAUUUUCAAAAAUGUCUGUGUAUUGUCAGUAAAGUUGAUGAAAAACUUAAGAAACGAUGGAGGUCACAUAUUAACAUAGAAUUUCAGAGCUCUGUGUUUGAAGUUGAAAUUUGUUAAUGCUUAACCAAGAUGCUGUAACUUUUUCGAUCUUUUGUUGGUCAGUCCAUACCCAAUGUGAUUUUAUUAAAUGAGUGAGAUGAAAGUAA